AUGCUCUGCGUCGUCCAUGUCCUCCGGCUGGACGUCACCCUCCCAAAUACCAGGAGCUGCUUCAUCUCCGCCGUGCCGCCGCCAACCAUCUCCGGAGACCUCCUCAUGCUUCUUUUUGCGUCGAUGUCUAAAUCGGAGUCCGUGAAGCACGUCAUGAGGCCGGACGUGACGUUCAUCGUGGAGCAGACCGAGAUCCAUGCACACAAGCUUGUCCUCUCCGUGCGGUCACCAGUUUUCGCGGCGGAGUUUCGGUGGCACAUGGAUGAGAGUAUCAUAAUCAGGGUCGACGACGACGACGGCAUGAGCGCCUCCACUUUCAGGGCCAUGCUUCGCUUCAUCUACACCGAUGAGCUGCCCGUCAAACCAAACAACGACCGCAUGAUACUAAAAAGCGAAGAUAAACAUGCGGCAUGGCGCUACGAGGCCAUGGUGCGCGACCUGCUGGUAGCCGCCGAUCGGUAUGACUUACAGAGGCUAAGGCUCUUGUGCGAGAAGGUACUGGCUGAGGGCAUGGACGAUAAGUCUGUCAUACCUACAUUGAUGGUGGUGCACGGUAGGUACAACUGUCGGCAGCUCGAGGAUUUAUGCAUCAAGUAUAUAGCAUCGCAUCCUAAUGUUUACAGUGCCCUGAAGGCAACCGAGGAGUAUAACCAGAUCAAGAAUAGUUGCUGCUCUUUCCUACUCGAAGUCACCGACAAAGUAGACACGAUCAAUAUGGCUCCAAACUGA